AUGGCCCGACUCAACCCUAACAGCCCCAUCAAGCCCGCUCUAUUCCGGCCCCAGGCCAAGCCCAUCACCAGGACGGUCGUCCGCGAGGUGUCCCAAUACACGACCUCGUCCGCGUCAGAGGCAGAGGAUGAUCACCAGCAGCGACAAUGGACUGUCACCGCACGGAACGGGUCAACAAAGAGUGACCGCGCGACAACGACCACAUCCACAACUGAAAGACCCCAACAACGGAGAGUCCGACUCCAAAGAACCGAGACCGUCUCGAGCGGCGCCUUCGACAUCUUUUCGGACAGCGAUGGCGGGUUCAGUGAAACCGAGUGCAGCAGCGCUCGGUCCUCGACUCGGUCUUUGUGCGAAACCCGGACAACGGACCCUUUGAGACUGUCGCAGAUUAACUCUUUGUCUGCCCCAUUGUCGCAGCCGCCGCCGCCUUCGCCUCGCCGUAGCAGGUCAACAAGGAAGCCGGAGACGUACAACUACGACAAGGAGAAUGACCCCAUCGAACACGAGCAUGAGCCGGAGGAUCGCAACGGCCCCUCGCUUUCGAGGAACCCUUCGGAUGCAUCGUCGGCUCGAUCUUCGACGCGCAGGCAAACUGAUACCCGGCCGACUCCAGCGAGGGUAAUGUCGAAUAACCGCCGUGUGUUCCCGGGCUAUCGCCGGUCGGAACCCGGGUCUGCAGACGAAGAAAGCGAGGGAGACAAUGACGCCGACUCAAUGGAUGAUUUCAUUGUCAGCGACAAUGAAGACCUCAGUUUCCACGACUCAUCUGAGAAUGAAACAGAUGCCGAAGUAAACAAACCACCGCAGCCCACGCCCUCUCCACCUCGAACAAUAACAAGAAAGAGAUUGUUCAGGGGUCGACGACCAACCCAAGCUGAAAGAGAAUUAAAAAAAGACCUGCAAGAAGAGGCAUCCACGCCGGGUUCUGACAAUGAAGUGAGCCUGAGCCUGGAACCCACGCUGCCAGCGACGUUGACACUGGCUGCUCCAAAGCUGGAGGCCAAACCCAGACGUCUCUUUCAGGAUGAGAUCAACCUCACCGAGAAGUUGAACCAUCUACGCCUGGAGAACAAUGGAUCAGCCGCGCAACUCCAACAGGAUCUAUUCACUUCCGCCCAAUACGAUGAUUCUCCGACCAAGAGAUCGCCGGCCAACAGAAGCUCUACAUUGGCAACGGGGACGACCACAACAACCUCGACGCCGCCAUCGAGUCCCUCCAAGGGACGCCUCCGAUCCCCUACCAAAGACCGACUCCGGGUACAAAUCCCACCGACCCCGUACCGCGAGAGCGUAGACGCCUUCUGGAGCGAGGGAGCGACCAGCGACUGGGUCACCCAACACUCCCCCUGCAAGGUCGAAGACCUCCUCCGCGAGUUCGACGAGGAGUCCGACCCCGAAGUCAUCGACGUGGACAUCAUGCCCCGGGGAGCCAACCGCGGCAGCCAACCAGCGACCCCGACCCGCAAACCCCCCAGCAAGACAGCGCUCAAACGCGCGGAAACCGAAAAAAAGAAAGCCGAGAAGGCGCGCAAGCAAGCCUUCGACGAGUCCAAGGCUGCCUUCGCAGAGAACUUUUUCACGACGCUGGACGAUGCCGUGAACAAGGGCCAAGUGCAGAAGCUGGCGGCGUCGACCGGCGGCGUCUCGAUCGUCUGGAGCAAGACGCUCCAAACCACCGCCGGCCGCGCCACCUGGAAGCGAGUGACGUCCGGCAAGCAGCGGCCGCGCGAGUCCGACCACACCCUCCCCACAGAGAGUAGCGUCGCACCCUCCGCCAAACACUACGUGAAGAUCGAACUGGCGGAGCGCAUCAUCGACAGCGAGGACCGCAUCAUCAAGACGAUGGCGCACGAGUACUGCCACCUGGCCAACUACAUGAUCUCGGACGUGCACGACAACCCGCACGGGGAGAGCUUCAAGGCGUGGGGCCGGCGGUGCAUGGAGGCGCUGCGCGACCACCCGGUCUACGGCGGCGGCCGCGUCGAGAUCUCCACCAAGCACAACUACAAGAUCGACUACAAGUACGUGUGGAGCUGCGUCGACUGCGGACAGACCUACGGCCGCCACUCCAAGAGCAUUAACCCCGUGCGCUCGCGCUGCGGGAAGUGCCACGGCCUGCUGCAGCAGAUCAAGCCCAAGCCGCGCAGCGUUUCGCCGCGCAAGAAGCAGCCGCUGUCGCUGUUGCCGAAUGCGCAGGGCUUGCUGGCGGAGGUGGUUAAGGUGAUGGACGAGGUUGCGGCGGUCACGACGCUGGAUGCGUGAUUCAAGUUCGCAAGUGAGUGAUGGCUGAACCGGCGGCUUUUGGUAUAAC